AUGAAUGGGAUAAAAUGGCUGCAGCAGCUUGUAUGUGAGCUAACAGCCGUAUUUCAAAUGAAAAUUGUCCAAGUUGAAAGGAAGGAAAAAAACGUUUUACAACGGAGACAAGAUAAAAGCCGUUGUAUUGUCAAAAGUGCUGGCGUUACAUUUAAACAUAGAAGAAACUUUUUUUGCAUACAGGACGAUGCCUGUUGGCAAACCCAGCAUCGCGUUCCGCCCGAGGUCCAGCCGCCUCAAAUAGGGAAGAUCUCGAUUCCAGAGUUCAACGAUCUUCAUGAAGUUCAUAAGACUGUGAUCGUUAACAAACCUCAAUCCUACCAGAAACCAAAAUGGAACGAGUUCCCUGAAGAAGUGACACCGGAAAUCGGAGCUGCGCCGAAGGUUCAUACGCAAGAAUGGAACCCGGUCAAUCAAGUAAGAAUUUACUUUUUUGGGUUCCAGGAGCAGAACGAGGUUGUCAAGUCCACAGGUUGGCAAAGAGAUUCGAAAAUCGAUCGUGUAUGGCCCCCACCGGAAGGAGAAACUAUCACAUCUGUUUACUCAGGUCCUCAGCAUAUGCGACCCGUUCAAUGGCCACCAGCUGAAAGCGAGGAGCAUGCCCAGCAACAGGUGGAAGUUCUACAGAAGCAUAUUCCGGCCAAGAAGAUGGAGUAUCAGUGGCCACCACCACCUCCAGUUUAUCAGGGUGAUUCAGAAACGAAUGGCUUCAGUGCGUGA